AUGAACCGGGAACAACAGAGCAUCCUCGUCACCGGCGGGACAGGUUAUCUCGGCGGCGACAUCCUCGCUGAAAUCCGAGAAGAUUCGAGGUACGAUGACGUCGCCAUCUAUGCGACGGUUCGCAACAAAUCAUUGUGGCCAAAUUUCGAAGCGAUACGUAUUAUCCCCGUCGAGCUGGAUCUCGGCAGCCCUCAGGACCUGGAUGCUUUCAUCCGCGAACGCCAUGUCAAACUCGUCAUCGAGACGACGGAUUCGGCUACUGACAACAUAGCCAUUCCCUGCAUCAAGGCGCUUCAGGCUAACAAUGGUACUUACAUAGCGCUGCUGUUGUACCAAUUCCAGUCAAAUGGUACCAAACAAUGGUCGAUGUUCGCUGGAUUUGACCCGGAAAAGGCUCUGUACGACGAUGAUCCAGAUUUCCUUCCGACCGUCCGACGAUCUGUCGUCAAGGCCGAUUCGUAUCCUGUGUGGCUGAAAACCGCCGCAUCUGCGACCGAGAACAUGCUCUCGCUGGGCGAAGAGCUUGGGGUUGGUGUUCACGUCGUCGCGCCUUGCCUCGUACACGGCCCUUCGAGAUCUCUAGGGAACCCGCUCUCGAUCCAGGUUCCCGCUCUCGUCAAGAUCGCCUCAAAAAUGGGCAAACUCUUUACGUUCUCCGACGACCGAGAUGGCGGGAAACAAGAAUGGACCCAAUGUCAUAUCCGGGACACAACCGCGUUGUACAAGCUCAUCAUCGACAAGACAUUCUCCAACGAGACGAUCGAGAGCGGGGUCUAUUUCGCUGAGAACGGCUUCUUUGAAUGGAAGCGUUUGUACGGACUGGUCACCGAUGUCCUUGGGUUGCCGAACGCGCUUGCGGAACCCUCUCAGGAAGAUGUAAACCAGAUGGCAGAGAUCCUGUCCGUUCGACCUGACGAGGUCGCGGCACAGAUCUCUGGAAGGCAAGUCUUACCAUGCGAUCUCGAUCGAUCUGAUCGUGGCACUGCCAAUUACCGGGAUUUGUGA